AUGAAAACAAAAACAAGAACAAACUUUCUCAUUUUGUUAGUGACCUUUCUUUCUUUCUUUCUUUCUUUCUUUCUUUCUUUGAAACCAAACAGUGUCUCUGAUCUAUCUAGUUUAUUUAUACCUAUUAUAUCUAUCUAUCUAUCUAUCUAUCUAUCUAUCUAUCUAUCUAUCAUUGUUUUCUCUCUCGCUCCAACUCGCUCUUUAUGUAUUAGUGUUAUCUAUCUAUCUAUCUAUCUAUCUAUCUAUCUAUCUAUCUAUCUAUCUAUCUAUCCAGUACUUUCAAUUUGUAAAUAUCUAUCUUAUUGUAUUGUCGCUCGCUCCACCUCUAUCUCUAUCUUAAUGUUUUCUAUCUAUCUAUCUAUCUAUCUAUCUAUCUAUCUAUCUAUCUAUCUAUCUAUCUAUCCAGUACUUUCAAUUUGUAAAUAUCUAUCUUAUUGUAUUGUCGCUCGCUCCACCUCUCUCUCUAUCUUAAUGUUUUCUAUCUAUCUAUCUAUCUAUCUAUCUAUCUAUCUAUCUAUCUAUCUAUCUAUCUAUCUAUCUAUUAAUGAUUCGUGUAAAACCACCAUUUCUUUCUAUCUAUCUAUCUAUCUAUCUAUCUAUCUAUCUAUCUAUCUAUCUAUCUAUUUUAUUGCAGCUGUCUCUCAUUGUAUGUAUAUAUUUAUGUUACUCAUGAUCCGCUUCGAUCGCCAAGCUAAUGUUUAA